UUUAAAAAAUUCUGAGAUACAUCGUUUAUUGGUGAGAGAAACGGAAUGUAAUUUUUGACGCUGGCAACUUUUUUUAAAGGUAAGCUUUCUUUUACUGCUUUAAUCUCAGCAAUUACGACGAACUUGAAGAGGCGAUCAGCCAAUCGCCGCGAAGGAAAAGAUGAUGAUGACGUUUUAGGAGAAAAUUUCGUUUUAAGAGAUUUGUUGCCGAGAGCAUUUGUCGCGCAACAUUCUCAUCGGGUAUAAAAAUCCUCUAAAGUGUGGACAUGAAUGAUUUUGAUAAAAUUUUAUGAGAGAGAAAAAAAACAUGUAUACUGUCUCCCUCUAUAUUCUAAUCUAACCUAACCUAACUUGGCGCAAGCGAAUGGAGAAGUUAAUUUGUCAUCCUGCGCCAUCUUUGAUGCCGUCCGACAACUUCUACGACCUAUUUAACUGCAACGGAUGUCCUCUCCACAACGCAUUUUCAAUAAGAACACUGUGAUCGUAACUCGUAAAACGCGAUGUGGUUUCUGAGUGUGUGAAGAGGUGUGAUUCCGCCGUGUGACAAGCGAGAGAGCGACGUUGUGGUGGACACGAGUGCCGGUACGCGACGGACCAUCUCGCAGAUCUCCACUGGCAUGGAGCUAGGAGCGCACUGAUAGCGUUAGUUUACGAGAUCUUGGUUUCUAUGCAUUGCCUGCCAAAGAAGAACUGAGCCCAAUGUUUCCACACAAUUCUAGUUCACAUGAGAUUUCUACAGAAACAAAUGCCUUCGUACAAAAUUCCAUGGAAGAUGUAGUAGUAUUAGAGGAAAGCAGUCUGGAUGGGGUGGGGGAAGGGGAAGGAUCAGAGCACAUUAGGUACUGUGAUAUCGAAUCGAUAGCAAACAGCAGCAUGAUGGCAGCACCUAUUAGCCAUCCCGAAGCUACCGCCGCCAAUGACUUUUCAACCGUCCUGCUGAACCAAUCCGGUGAGUUCAACUCAACCGGCAUAGGUAAGGCCUGCCAGUCAGUGGCGCCAGCAACCACAAAAUACCCAACAAAUCACCCUCAAAUCUGCGAUAAUAAUAAUAAAAUAAAUAAUCACAACAAUGCAGAACAUAAUCAUCACAAGUACAGAAAGCAAAACACACCGGGCUUGCUUGGUUUGCAGCUGGGCAGCUCCGCCAAUAACUCUAAGUCUACUUGUAAGACAUUAAGUGAUAAUAAGACUAGCUUUAGUACUAUAUACAUAAUAAGGAUAAGUGUACGGGACAUAGUGUGUUUCGCCGUUGAGGUACCUAGCCUAGUUAGGAUACCCAAGUCUGAUAGUCCCCAACGGUCGUUACACCUCCCUAACUCUGAUGACAAUUACUCCUUACUAGGGUCCUGCCUUGACCUAGGCGACAACAAUAAAUUUAAGGCUAAUUUUAGUUAUGUAAGUAAUAACAACUCCAAGUCUGUGAUAUUGCUCAGCUCAACCAGUUACAGUAACCAUUACCUCCUCUUUAGUGGUGGCUUUGACAAGAUAGCUGCUAUUAUUCGGGUACUUUGUAUUGAAAGGGACGAUUCUACCACCACAUCGAAUAGAAUGAAACUACUAGGUGAUAAGUACGCCCUAGUUACCAGUUUUGCUCAGAUCUCUAGACUGCUUGCAAACGAUAGAAUUCUGGAUGAUUCUAACUCUGACAUCCGAGUUUUGCUGAGCCGCCGAAUAGUACGACACCUCUUGGAAUCGCAUUUUAAUGUCAACACUCUAGUACCGGUGUUCGUUUACGCUCAGAAUUUCGCGAUGUACGCCGCAAGUUCUUCCAUUACGCUUAUCGUUUCCAGAAACGAAGUAAUUGACCACACUUUGCGAUCUUUCCUGAAAAAUCUCACACAACUAUAUGUACAAUCUUCUAUUUCUCCAUUAUGUAAUGUCACUGUGACCGAGCUGAUGCAACACAUAUGUGUUCCACUAUUAAUAAUAUGUAAAAGUAAUGAUUACAACGUUGGUAAUAAUUAUAAUGAAUAUUAUAAUAACGAGUACAGUAACGUUGGUAGUAUUGAAGAAGAAAUUAAUAUUAGUAAUAAUAAUCCAGAUGUUAUCGGAGACAUUGUUGACAUCGCUGUGUGCUACAAGACUAGUGUAAUGACUACUAAUGUUAGGAUCUUAGGGUCUCAAAAUGAUGGUAUUAGUUGUACUGAAGCAACAAUAUAUACUGUUGGUGCUCUUUUAUUUCAGGAUAACAAUAAGCCUCUGAACACUUGUUUUAAGAUUAAUAGACAUAGGAGAUUGGUCACUACCGAUCGCGAAUCUAACUCUACCAUUAAGUCUGUAUUUAGGUCUAAGUUAAGCGAUAAGUGUAGUAACGUUAAGUUUGAAACAUCUCAUACCGCUCGACUUGACGAAUCUGACAACAGUAAGCAAGUUAAGUUGACUGUCAACAUUCCUAUAAUGACUACCUGCAAGCCUACGAUGACGCUUACAUGCCAAUCAGCCACCGUCGCAUCCCAAACAAUUGUUGUACCUGUAUCUCGGGCGGAGAAUCGCACGAACGACAAUGAAAUGCGAUUGGAAUAUUUCAAUAUACUCCAAAAUGACCAAAUAUGUAUCCAAUAUAUGCUGCUAAGACAUACAGAUGAUCUUAAUAAGAAUGACUCGUGUCAUUAUGACACAACUAAAUUUAAAGACGCGCAAAUUUAUGCUAUUGACAAGCUCAAGGCUACUACAACAUCGAAAGAUGACGCUCAGUUGAUCUGCAAAUAUCACCAAGAUGCUCCUAAAUAUGACCAAAGUCGUAUGAAUUACAAUGACGAUAAUGCCAUCAUAUACAACGGCAACGAAGACUUCUCUCUAUCGACUAUGGCAUGGCAUCUCUUAAAAUAUUAUGUGGGUGCGUUAAUUUCUGCUUGUCGAAGAACGUACGAAACCGACAGGAACGAAUACGAAGUUAAUCAGCGUCGUCUUCGAUCUAUUUUGGACGUCCUAUUUCACAAAUGUGUGUCAGAGUUGUAUGAAAACUACAACCAGCCUAUUGCAAGUUACAAGCGACAUUGGGGCAUACCAAUGGGACUGCGGUUAGUAGGAGGUGGAGAGAGUUCCUUGAACAGCGGGGGAGCUGCCAAUUGGGGAACAACACAAGCCACUACGCCGAAUAAUAAUAAUACAAAUCAGAGUGGAUGGGGUGGUACACCCGGAAAUCCACCCGGUAGUGCUAAUGCGCCAAAUAAUUGGGGUGGAAACGCUGUCAAUCGAUCUGUCACUGGUAAUCCAAAUCAAAAUCAAAAUCAAGGGCCACCUGGAAACCAAAAUAAUCCGGGUAAUGUGAGUAAAGUUAAUAAUCCGAAUCAACAAUCGAAUCAACAAUCUGGUCCGCCAACAUCUCAAUCAAAUAACCCUACCCAAGGAAAUCAGAAUAAUAAUCAAUGGUCUCAGGGAAAAUCUAAUAAUCCAAGUGGUCUUGGACAAAAUCCAUCAGUGCAAAAUAAUAACAAUAGUGGCGUUCAACAGCAGCAAUCUUCAGGUUCAAGCGCAAAUAAUAAUCAGUCCAAUAAUCCUACCCAAGGAGCUGUGAGCAUUGGCAACACAUCAACGACUAAUAAUCCGUCUACGAAACAGCAACUCGAACAACUCAAUACAAUGAGAGAAGCGCUUUUCAGUCACGAUGGUUGGGGCUGUCAAAAUGUGAAUCAAGAUACAAAUUGGGAUGUUCCAACAUCUCCUGAGCCAAGCUUAACUAAAGAUGGUGUACCGAUGUGGAAACCACCGGUGAACAAUGGCACUGAUCUGUGGGAGGCAAAUCUGCGUAACGGUGGACAGCCCCCACCUCAGCAACAAACAAAAACACCGUGGGGUCAUACUCCCGCGACUAAUAUUGGCGGCACCUGGGGCGAAGAUGACGAAACAGCGGAUUCGUCCAACAUGUGGACCGGUGCACCAACUCAAUCUCAACCAAGCGCAGCUCAAUGGACCAGUGCCGCCGGUAACCAAGCCGGUAUGUGGGGAGGAUCCAAUUGGGGCGAUCCCAGAAUUGAUCACAGAGAUCCAAGGGAUUUACGCUCUGUAGAUCCACGAGAAAUGCGCGAUCCUCGGGAUCAUCGCAUGUCUUUAGAUCCCAGAGAUCAUAUGCGUGUGAUGGAUCCUAUGGCGCGUGAUCCGCGAAUGGCCGACAUGCGUGGUGAUCCACGUGGAAUAUCAGGGCGAUUACAUGGUGCAAAUGCAGACGCCAUGUGGAGUCAACCACCCGGACCGCCACAUCAUCAAAUGAGUCACCAACAUCCAUCCGGACCACCAGCAAAGAUGCUCAAUCCGUCGAACAUGAAUCAAUGGGCUGCACAACCACCAAAGGACAUCAUGCCUGGCGGCAAACCAUCCGGUUGGGAGGAACCUUCGCCACCUACGCAACGACGUAACGUGCCCAAUUAUGACGACGGGACAAGCCUCUGGGGAAAUCCGGCUGCUAAUCAACGUGCUAUGCCAGGUAGCAAGGUUUCACAUUGGAAGGAUAUACCUGCACCGAACUUGGCUCGUGGAGGCAUGCAAUGUCCACCAGGCAUGCCUCAAAACAGAAUGCCAGGUCAACCUGGAAUGAAACCAGAUGUAAGUAAUCCUAUGUGGGGUCAUCCUGGGGCUCCAGGUGGACGUAACGGUACAUGGACAGACGGGCCACAUGAUACUGCAUCUUGGGACGAUCCAAAGACACCAGCUACAUGGAAUGAACCUCCAUUAAAUCCCGGUUGGGGUGGCCCAACUGCGCACAAACCGAAACCUAUGGGACCUGCCGGUAGCUGGACUGAUUCUGAUAUGGAUCCGACUCCUAGCUGGGCACAUCCUGCGAAACCUACCUUAACAAAAGAAGUUAUUUGGAACAGUCGCGAGUUUCGUAAUCUUUGCGAUUUAGGAUUUAAAAAAGAGGAUGUUGAGGUAGCAUUAAGGAAUCGAGAAAUGAAUCGAGAAGAGGCAUUAGAACUUCUCAAUCAAGUACGUCCUGUUGAUCAAUGGAGACGUCACGAGACACACUCAGGUUACGAUCCAACGCAUCAGACGACUACUACACCAGCCUAUCCUCGAUUUAAUCACGUUGGGCAACAGAUGUCAUUUCCUCCGGGUGCCGGAGUGCCCAGUGGGGCAACCAGUGGGAGCGUAGGUGGUUCUGUUACCAGUGCAAGUCUUCUCAAACUUCAGCAACAGCAACAGCAGCAGACAGCUGUUCCAUUACAGCAACAACAGCCAAGUACCAAUACGCCACAACCCCCUUUCAAUCAGGCAUCUCGUGGAUCUCAAAAUCAACCAAGUACACAACAGUUGCGUAUGCUUGUGCAACAAAUUCAGUUAGCUGUGCACGAAGGAUAUCUAAAUCAUCAGAUCCUGAAUCAACCGUUGGCACCUCAAACUUUGAUGUUACUGAAUCAGCUUCUACAGCAAAUUAAAGUUUUGCAGCAGUUACAUCAACAACAUGCUGUUCAAAAUACAAUGAAGGGAAACAAUCAGUCGGCACUGCAAAUCAGUGUUCAAAUCACGAAGACCAAGCAGCAGAUUACGAAUUUACAGAACCAAAUUGCAGUGCAACAAGCAACAUACAUGAAGCAACAACAACAACAUCCGGCUCCUCCAUCGCAGGCAUCAGAGUAUUAUAAAUCUUCUGUGCAUGAUCCUAUGUCAGCUCUGCAAAAUAGUUUCAGCGAUAUAUCAAUGAACAAAGAGCCUCCAGUGAGUCAGCAACAGUCAAGAUUAAAUCAAUGGAAGCUACCAUCACUUGAUAAGGAUGGCGAUUUAGUGUCAAACGAAUUUUCCCGUGCUCCCGGAACUACGAGCAAACCGCCCACAACACCUGGUAGCUUAACUCAGUCACAUAGCAGUCCGAAUAUGAAUCCUUUGCUAGGUCAAGGAGAUGGCACAUGGUCCUCUCGACUGGGCGAUAGUGGCUGGCCCGAUCCGGGUAAUAGUGAUUCAACCGAUGGAAAAGACUGGCAACCAGGUGGUGCUGCGUACACUGAUCUUGUACCAGAAUUUGAACCAGGAAAGCCAUGGAAGGGUACCCAGAUAAAAAGCAUUGAGGAUGAUCCUAGCAUCACUCCUGGCUCUGUUGUACGUUCCCCAUUGUCUUUGGCCACCAUUAAGGAUACUGAUACGAUCUUUUCAUCGAGCAGCAAGACAUCACCACCACCGCAAGCAACUAAUCCCGAUACGUCGAUCCCAAGUUUAAGCAAUUCUACGUGGACAUUCAAUCCACCAGCCACUACACCUAGUGCGUUUACUAGCACUACCAAAAAUACAUGGGGUGAAUCUGCUCCUCCGCCUACUGCUGUAACUUCAGAACUUUGGGGUGCACCGAUGAGCAAAGCGCGCGGCCCACCUCCUGGCUUAAAUAGCAGUAAAGGAGCUACGAACGCGAGCAAUGGCUGGGGCGCUGGCUUAGGAAGUGUUAGUAGAUCUAGUUCGUGGGGCCUCCAAUCCUCUACCGUUAGUAAUUCGGGUUGGAUGUCUACCUGGCUUCUCUUGAAGAAUCUUACUCCACAAAUUGACGGCUCUACUUUGAAAACAUUAUGUAUGCAACAUGGACCGGUUCAAGAUUUCCGUCUGUACCAGAAUCAUGGAAUUGCUUUGACAAAAUAUUCCUCUCGCGACGAAGCAAUCAAGGCUCAAGGAGCCCUAAACAAUUGCGUCCUGGGUAACACAACGAUAUUCGCCGAGUCGCCCGCAGAGAGUGAAGUUGCUGCGAUUCUGCAGCAACUAGGCCAUGGCGGACAGCAACAGGCCGGCGGUUCCGGAGGAGCCGGUUGGGGCCUUAGACCAACUAAUAAAGCUGGACCGCCACCCGACACAUGGGGAGGCAGCUCUAGUCAGCUCUGGGGCGCUCCGCCCACUAGCAAUUCCCUGUGGAGUAACGCGGGAAUUGACAACAGCGAUCAGCAACGAGCAACUCCCAGUUCUCUCAACUCGUACUUACCGGGAGAUCUUUUGGGAGGUGAGUCGAUGUAGAGAACGAGAGGCUAUCCGCCCGAAAUAUCAUCAGAUAAGUGAAACAUUCACUUGCUUAUUACGCAAGUCUUGAUAUGCAGUUCGGCUGACGCAAACUUCGUGAUCGAAUGCGUUUUACUUUCCUUCUGAUCCCCGCCUCUCAUUCCUUUAAGAUUAUACGAUUACAUUUUGUAUAUCUUAGUAUUAUCAUAUAUUGAUCAGUGUCUUUGGCUAAAGUAGAUACGAGUUGUGUCUGCUGUGUAGUCGUUGAUGGAAGAAGAUGAGUAUAUGAGAGGAUGAGGGAAUGGGAGGAGGAGCUUAGAGAAUGAUAGAUAGUGUGAAAGAGAAGAGAGAGAAAGAGAGAGAGAAUGAGACGGACGAGGUCUUCACGAAACGUCAAUUAUAUUGCUAAGAAACGCAAUUACUAUAACGAGUUACUUAACAAAAGAAAUUACUACCCUCGUAUCCGCCUUGAGUAGAACACGCGUAAGCAAAAUCGCAGCGGCAUACAGCCAAAUUGUGCGAUAAAUAUCUUCUAAUUUUACAUGACAAACUACACUCUACACACAUAACACAUUCAUAUAGAACACUCGACAAGAAAGGUACUUGCAAAUAUGAAACUUGCGGUCGCGUCAUUACUUCGAGGAGAUUUACGGAUUGCGGAAGAUCAAGUUGGACCAAUUGCAACGGUCUCUUCAUUAACAUAUUGAUGUGUAUAAUUAACAUAUUGCGUACGAUUUACCACGAUGUAUAGCGAUGAGACGGACUUCUCGUCUAAGCCAAUCUAGUAAGCAUUUCUAAUCUGAAGAUACGCGUAGAAGAAGGAAGAUGAGGAAGAAAAAAGAGAAACUAUCCGCGUUCUUUGCCAUUUUUACGAAAAUGGCGGACGCUCAAUGAAGAUUUAUCGGCCGAGGGUCUUUGAUCAGGUCAAAGAGUGUUCCAUUUUUGCUGGACAGUUUUGAAGACUGCAGCGAGUAUCAAACGUAGACUGUAUCAAUCUAAUCAAAAGAAAGAAACCUUAAAAGAAAACAAGCAUUGACGUCGCUGCCUGGCGUUCUGCCCCGACCCCCACUUCCCCACCGCACUCUCCGGGCCCCCCACGAAUGUGGAAGAAACGAGGAAUGCAGGGAUAUCAGAUCAACUGGGCAACGACGCAACGAUACCAAAUGUUAUCGCAAUAACGUAAAUUUUAUUCUAUAUUAAAUCUAGAUGCCACCUGUCGUGCCAAUGUCCAGUGUGUCUCUUUACCAUUUAUUAACGUAGAGUUUAAAUGAAGAAAGAAAAAGAAGAAAUACACGCGAAAGAAGGAACGGGCGAAAACAGUAAGAUGAGAGAAAGAGAGAGAGAGAGAGAGAGAGAAGAUUAGGAUGAGGAAAGACCGAGAAAAGUGCUGAUGAAACAGCUAAUAAAACGGUUGAAAGUCGGGUUUACAUUAAAGUAAACAUGAAGACAAGUAAUGAACACUAUGUACUGAUUACCAGUACGUAGCAUAUUACGCUUCUCAUUAGUGAUGAGUCGAAAUCGAGGAAUCACAAUGAUCCGCGUAAGAUCGCAACGUGAGUAAUGGCGAUGUUACGAAUGUAUGGCAUUUAUUACGGGCGCAUUGUGAAGCUCGGUCUAGGAUGAAUUAAAUUAGUUUUUCUCUUCAACGUCAACGUACCUGAAUGGACUGAUAACCAAACGACGAACAAGCAAAUCGUUAUUUACUCAUGCACAACAGUUUCCUUUUUACUUUCCGCUUCUCCGUGUCGGUAGAGUGUUUUGGGAACGUUUCGCGAUCAAUCACUGGCGCAACCGCGAACGAUGUGAAAGAGACGGCUUUUUUUCCUUCGUGAACUGAAAGCAGAGAAAAAAAGAGUACGAGAUAAAUAUAUAUAUGUAACAUAUAUAAGUAUAUAUGAAACUAGAAGGAAAAAAAGAAAUAAUCACAGAAUGCUGUUCAGCGAGAUGCGCGCAAUAAAAGUGAACAACUACUUAUACACACUCACACGCUGAUCACACACGUUUGCCACGCAUGACUGAAUCUGCUUGAAAAUGUCAAACACGCCAAGCUAAGGAAAUAUAUAAUAAUAGCAUUGGUCGACAAUGAUUCCGCCGCUUCCAUGCGAUCGGUCGAUCCUCGCGGAUAACCGGACUACGAUAUCCUUUGACGUAUCAGUAAAUCAAAAAAACAUUGGAAAUUUUUAUAUUUGUUGCCUUCCAAGGGAAAAGAAAGAAAAGGGAGACGGAAAGAUAGAGGGACAGAUAUCGCUUCUUGUAGGAGACAUCAUCAAAAGUCAUAUAUUUCGCGUAUUAUAAGACGGGGCGCAUCGGUCCAUGAUAAGGACGCGUGUUGAGAGAUCCGCGUGGUUCCGCCGAUCACGUCGACCAAUGUUUUCAUGCGUAAUGUUUUUAAUUUUAAUAUUUUCGUAAGGUUGCAUAAUCUAAGACAUUCAUAAUUAUUGUGUAGCGUAAAUAGGAUUUUAAUACACUGAGAAAAAAUAUUGUUGAUUUGACAAAAUUUUUCAACUAAAUUAAAAUUUUGUCAGAAUUUAUGCGUUUAACUUAAAUGCACCAAUUUCAAUUUAAGUAUUUAUGUAAUUAAUUGAAAUAUAUAAAUACUUGAAUAGACAAAAUUUAAUUUAGUUGGAAAAUUUAGUCAAAUUAACAACAUUUUUUCUCAGUGUGGAAGAGUGCAUAAAAAGAGUACCUACGACGAUGAUUAUGACGACGUAAGCUACUCUUGCGAAUCAAUACAGAAGAAAAAAAAGAAAAAAAAAGAUAAAGUAGUGGAAACGCUGCUUAUGAGAGUCGUUCUGUACAUAAUUGUAUCGUAUUCCUAAGAAUAGACUAUCACGCAAGUCGGAAGAAUGAAUUUUUAAGCGAUCACACAGGGCUUGAAAAACAUUUUGCAUUGAAAUUAAACAUUAGAUAUUAGUUAUUAGAUAUUAAGAUGAUAGUAUUUAAGAAUGAUGAAAGUAAGGUAGUGUAAUUGCUUAAAUUUUCUAAUCGAUUCCAUCUGUCAUAAUUAAUGUCAUGGAUAAUUUAUCCAUGAAUUUCAUUUAUAUAUUCCAUCUGUUGCGCUGUGUGUUCCAUCUUCUUUCAAGUUGGCAUUUAUUUAUAAGAUGGAAAAUAAAUUUUUUAUCAAUUGACAUAUUAUAAUUGAAAACGUUUUACUUUGAUUGUUCGAGGAAAUAAAUUUUUUUAUUAGGUUGUGGGUUAUGAAACAUCUACAAAUAAAAGACAAAUAAAACACAAAUGCUAGAUCGAAAUGAUCGAAUUGAUGCUUCUCGAAUUGCGUAAUUGUCUACUUCCAAGUGUACGAUAUAAAUCUCAUAAAUCUCCCAUUAAUAUGUUAUAACACGGACAGCAUACCCAUCCCCUGUGCAUACAUAUAUGUAUGUAAUAUGUAUAUGUAUGGUAUAACGCCUCUCUUACAUUUUACUUAACAAAGUUUAGCAGUAUGCGAUAAAUAGAAUGAAAAUGUGCAGGAAAUAGCUCCUGUAUUAGGUAUAAAGAUAAUUAUUAUAUGAACUUAUGCACGCUUAUGCUACGUGAAUUUAUGAUUAUUGAACUACUAAUAACUAGGUAACAAUAUAAUGUAUUCGUGGGUGAUAAGACGGGGAUAGCUGCACACAUAGACACACAGAUACACACACACAAACACAAAUAAUUUACUGAAUAAAUAUUUAAAUAACUAUUUUAAGAAGUUGAAAAAAAUUAGAUUAAAGGUUAGGCAUUUUUAAAUGGGUCAAGAUAUACAAUGGCGAUCUAACAUCUCUAUUAGAUUUUAAGAAUAUAAACUUAAAAUAUAAGUGUUUGAAGACUUAAAUUUAUGAAUGCAGAUGAGCAAGAGGAAAUGAGCGAUGGAUGAAUGAGACAGAAUGCAAAUGAAAGAUGGUGUCAAUAAGAAAGCAGAAUGGAGCGAGUGAACAAGAACUGUUAUACGAACUGUUAUAGUGAGCAGAAUAGAGGGAACGUAGAACGAAAAGUAGAAGCAAAAUCCAAUUGCUUGUUUUCACAAAACGGAGCGUGGUAUGAAAGUGAACAAUGCGAAUCGUUGGUUUGCAUUUCUCAAUACUUGCGGACGUAUGUUUUAAUUAUAGUUUUCUUAUUUGUUUUGAUGAACAUUUUUUUAAAUGCAAGGUAAGUUAGCGCCCGCUAAUUUACUCUAUGGAAAAGGCUAAACGAGGGAUUAAAUAAUAUUUUGAAGUAUAAAAGGCCGUUAAUUUUGAGAAUCAAAGGGAAACUCCGGGUUAACCAAGAUGAAAUCGGAAAGCGUAUUUGUUGUGAUAACAAUGAAGAAUAAUAGCAGACUACUACAUAUUUAUAUUUAGGUGUUAGGGUUUCUUAAGUAUGAAUAACGAUCAUCCAAUGGAUUUUAAUAUUAGUACCAUAAAGUUUAAUAAAUAAAUUUUAAUCGCGUACGUAAAUAACAGUAAUAAUAAUAAUAAUAAUAAUAAUAGUAAUAACAAUAAUCUAAUAUCUAGCAUCUAAUAUCUUAUAUAUAUUAAAUUAAUGAUAGAGUUAUUCAGAGAGAGUAACUGAUCAACGAGUCAGUGAAAAUGAAAAGCGAUGACUGAAAAUAAUUAUUAAAAUAAUUAUUAAAUUAAUAAUAGAGAUCAAUCAAUCAGGAGUAACUGAUUAAGAUUCGGUAAGAAUGAAAAACAUUUAAAAAUGAAUAUAUACAUAUAUCUAUUUUUAGGUGGUUUUCAUAUACAUAUAAGCCCCAGAAAGGUGCGUACUUGUAAAUAAUUGCGUGCGUGCGUAAAAUUUGUGCGUAUAUAUGGCAUACAUAAUUGACUAAAAUAUAAUCGAUCGAUUUUCACGAUAAAAUUUUACGAAAUACACACUAGAUACUGCGCGCGCGAAAAGAUAAUUUAUACAUACACUAUAUAUGCGCGUAUUUUUAAUGCGAUAAUAAGGGUAAUAAGCGAAUAAUAUAAAAUAUAUAAUUUUUAAACGGUAAACACUUUAACAACGCCGACGGGUACAGCCUACCGCUUAAUUAUAAUCUAACGCAUCUUAACUUUAAUCUUUCUAACUUGUUGCCUUUCAUUAUGCGAUACAUUUUACACGACUACUACAAGACAUCAACACAUCACAGACAUUUACAAACAUAUAUACAUAAUACAUAAUCGCGAAAAGAUAAACGAAUAAAUGCGAUGAAAAUGGACUGAUUAACGGAUGUAAGAGCGAAUGUAAUAACUUUAAAUUCGUCAAUACAUACAGACACAGACGCGCACAUACCUUGCAAACAUUUGAUACAAAACAGUUAUUUUAUUGGUGAUUAAUAGCAGCUAAAAAGAGAUGGGAAAGUGACGAGAGUAAAGAAAAGUAUAUCGAUGAAAACAGAGAGAGAAGCAUAAAUUCCUCCUAUAUUAUUUGUAUAUUAUUUUGACAAUGUGGGGUUCGUAUGGGAUCUUUAUUUUUAAUUUGGCUUUUAAUUUGUACAUAUGUAUUUUGUAUAUAAUGCAUAGCAUUUAAUUUUUCUUUAUACAUCAGCUUUAUAGAAAUUGAAACAUUGUCUGGAAAAUAAGUGGUAAAAAUCAGUUUUUAGAAACGCGUUUAUGUUGACUUUUUACGCUCUAAUUUUAUAAUAAUAUUUUAUCACAUUACUAUUAAAGCAAAAUAUUUUUAUACAAACAAAAUAAAUAAAAAAAGUAGACUAAUCUGUAGCUCAUGUUCAUUUUCUAUCGGAGAUACUUCAAUGUAAAGAAAAUGAUCGUGGAAUGGCAGUGCUUUUAAUAUCUGUUUUACAUUGAUAUAUCCCUGUGAAUAGAAAAUAGUGCUAAAAAGCGAGUUCGAAAAAGAGUAUUAUCUGAUUUAUAGUUGUAUGUGAUAACUUAAACAAAUUGCAUAACCGAAAGAAAAGUUAGAAGACAGCGAUUCCGCGACGAUCGUACUAAUUUGGUAAAAAGGAAACUCGAAUUUGUCCUGGUAAUUUUUCAAUCGUUUGUAAACAGGAAAGUUCGCAUUUAUACCCGGAAUGACAAUCGCUUCGUAUCAACAAGAAACAAUGGUACAAAUAAUUGCGAUAACAGUAUUUUAGUAUUUCACCUCGCACACGAUAGUUGUGUUUAACAUAUGUGCAAUAAAAUGUUGCUAGAGUGACAAGAGGUUUAUGUUAAGAAUUAUAUUAAUUAUUAAUUAGAAUAUAUCGCACUGCCGUUACACCAUUAUUCCGCUCUUUUUGCUUUUUUUUUACGCGAAUGAUAGUCUUCGCUCGUGUGUGCCUUCCCUUUUUUUUCGAGCGUUAUGUAACUAUGUGUAAAAUCGAUCAUUGUAUUCACGUUUGAUAUUUUUGUCAGAGCUUGAUUCGUGACGAUGGACGCUCUAACGUAUUUUUUUUUUUAUGUGUCGCUGCUACGAGCGCUCAAUAUCGAAAUCGCGCCUUGUUAGACGAGCCAGUAUUUCCUUCCACGUGACGACGCUGCGGCAAUCGUUAGAGCGAUUCGUCCAUUCGAUAGAGCCGCGCGUGACAGUCGCGAUUUUCUACAGCCGUGAUCCCGUGAGAUGCAGCCACGGUCCAUAAAGGCGGAAAGAAAGAAUAUCUAUUUCAUGUUCUCUAAGCUAGUAUUAUCGUGUUGUACCAUACCACUUAGUGUAUUACGGUACAAUGGUAACUAGCUGUCGUACAAUGGUAUUAGCUAUUGUACGGAAAUAUCGCAAUGUCGUACUGUCAGCUUACGUAAUGAGAAUCUAUCGUGGACCAUAAUUGCGAUCCUGGGCUGAGGGUGGCUGUAGCAAAUCAUCUCCUGCGUUGAUUUUUCUUCUUAGACACCAAGUCGUCCGAAAUUCUCCGCAUAACGUUGGAAAUGAGAUCCUUCACAUCUGUAGGGUAUAUUAGAUAACGAAUAAUUUAAGAAGUUCGGGCUAUCUAUCUUGUCACUUAAAAAUCAAUUAUAAUCGCACGUAACUAGAAUUUCGGAUCAAAUAUUAUUGAAUUAUUAUAUUUAAUUAUUUCAUAAAUGCACCGUAUUAUGAUGAAAGCAAGUUUAAUUUUUCGAGAAGAUCAAAAGAAAGUUCCGAAACAUAUUCACUCACACUAAAUAGAUAAUCGCGUUUACUUCGGAAAAUGUCGAUCUUGCAAUUAGUCCCGAAAAUUGAUUCCAUUGGAAAUUACUCUCAAAACCUAUCUAUUAAUUGUAUGUAUCUAAUUUGCGUUCGUGCUUCUAGGUAAUUGCGUAUGUCAUCACGUAAAUUUAAUUUACGCACUAUAUUUACUAUACUAUAGAUAUAUAUUAGAGAAUUGUGUUGGUUGUUAUUUUAGUCUUGAACAUGCUUGAACAUCGUUUUGCAUUUUAGCAUCACGCGUUUCCUAGUAAUUGAGUCAUUAAUUUAGUAUCGUGUGUAUAUAUAUGUAUGUAUGUAUGUGUAUAUAUAUAUAUGUAUAUAUAUAUAUAUAUAUAUAUGUAUGUAUGUAUGUAUAUGUAUACAGCAUCAGUGCAUUUUAUUUCCUCUUGAUACCGUACUUGAUACUGAAAUUUUACGCCGGAGCAAAAUCACUCGAAUCAAUCAAAUUAAUCAUUAAUCCGUAUUAAUUGGCAAAUAUUAAUAACAAAAAUUAAGCUCAUGUAUUAUUUUUUAUAUUAUUUGAUAAAUAACUUCGGAUAAAAAUGAGUAACUUAACAUCUUUUGGGAAUUCAGAGAUCGAUGAAAAGGAAUAUUGGAAAGAUUCAAAUGAUGGUUAGUGGAAUUUAAUGUAUUUCAAGUGAAGUAUUCUUUACAGUUGUCUUAUAAAAUUAUUCAAGAUUUCUAGUUCUUGUCUCGGGUCAUUUCGAUUAUUGGAUAGCAGUAUUAUGCCAGGAAUACACUCGCAACACAUACAUACACACAUCCGUACAAGAUUCAUGAUAUUAAUCUCGUAUCGAUGAUCGGACUUAAAAUCCGGUGGUAUUACCUUCAAAAUCCUUUAUAAUACUUGUUUAUAGUCACAUAUAAACAAUUAUGUUCCGAAAUUUCUAGUCUUUCUAUAUUCAUUCGUACUGAUUAAAAAGUCCUUAUCAUUUAUUUGAUAUUGUAUUCUUAAUAUAAAUUCUUGUAGUAAAUCAACGAUGUUAUAAGCUUACGAUGUUAUUUCCUAUACGAUUAAAAGACACGGUGGUUGAAGUACUUAUUAAAAGGAUAAAAAAAGAACUCCGAAAAUGAGAAUAUAUAAUUAGUUUAAAUAAAAUGUUCAAAUGAGAAACAGGAAAAGUUACUUUGAUGAAAUGGCGCUUAAAUAUCUAUUAAGAUAUUUAUAAUAAAAGAAAGAAAGAAGAAAGAAUAGUAAAAUUACUAAAUAAUAAUACCUAUUUCAUUGCGAACAACUGGAAUAAUAUUUAGAAACUAAAAUUUCAAGUUUGCGAUAUUCAUAAUGAAUUCCAAGGGAUGCGCACUAUAUGUCUAAAAAUUUAUAGAUUAGAUGAAUCCCGCGUGUCUUAUAAUGAUAAGAAAUGAUGAGAGAGAUGAUUAGUAAUCGUAUAGUAAAUAAUUGUAUUCCAGUGAGACUCAUAGUCAGUCGUAUGUGCUACAGUAAUUGUGAUUGUUUUAACACAUUAUUUGUGGGUCGCGGAACAUUCAACAUUUUCUAAAAUAUUCUUGGGAUAUUCCGGUUAUUAUAUACAUUAGUACAGAUUAGUGAUCAGUGAAUUGAAGAUCCGAAAUAUUUUGUUACCCGCAAAUAAUGCGUUAAUGCUAUUUUAAAAUUGUAUUAAGGACAGCUUAAAAAGACAGUAUAAAAAGAAGUCAAAUGUUUACAUAAACACUAAGAAUUCAACACACAAAGAGUAUCAUACUGAAAAAAAAAACAUAAAUCAAUUUCUUUAUUACAUUUAUAUUACUAUUUUAAAGUAUUUUUAUUAAAUUUUACAUUUCAAGUUGUAAAUUUUAUAUUUUUUGGCUUUGAUAUUGAUAAGCUUUAUUUAAUGUGUGAUAUCAUUGGGUUGUAUAAUUUUUAUUGCCUUACCAAAUCAGAAUCUGAAAUAAUUGUGAUUCAACGUAAUAUUAUACGCCAUGUAUUUAUUAAUAUUUGUAAACGGUGAAUCUUAAGCAAUCAAUUCUUCCCUAUGAAACUUUUAUCUCAAGUUAUGCGUAUCUUUAUUGUAAUCUUUAUUGUAAUAUAUAAGUAUUGAUUAUGAAUACUUUGUGUGUAAAAACAGUCCUGUAUUCUGUUUAGGAACAAGAGACAUGUUGUAUGACGAAACAAAUCUCAAGUUAUUCUAAAUUAUGGAUAAAAAUAAACGUUUUAAAUUUAUCGGUUUUAUUUUAUUUUUAUUUUAUUUUUGUUUACACACUUCACAUUUCACCAUAUACGAAACAAACGUAAUUCAGCCUUACAACUCCUCACAGGCAAGAGAUUGAGAGACACCGAAAUAGAGCGUGAAACCGCGCGAUCGGUCCGAGUAUUACGAGACUCCUCAUUUCGAUUGUCGCAAAUCCACAACCGAGGGAAGCGACACGUUCGCAGUCUAUAGAGAGCUACAGAUUUUUCCACCAACUUCCCUCGGUAUUGAGAAACGAAAUAGUCACUGCGGUCUCUUCCCCUCGUCCAGUGAGGACACACAAUAUCAUGGCCCGAGAUAUUAUUCCAGAUGUUUCGCGUGUGGAAAUGGGUGUUCGCAGUACGUGUUCUAAGUUUGUCAGACGCUGGCAGAAAAGCAAAAAGGGCAAUAAAGGGUUAAACGAAGGCUUAAAUUACGCCGUACGCUUAAUUUAAUUGGUGAUUAUUCCAAACUAUUAUCCCUCCCCGGAGGGAUGAAAUGCCUCGCGUGCGACUGAGAUUAAGGAAGACCCACGGCGGAACCCUCGACGAAACAUUACUUACUUUUCGAACGCGUAUACCAUUAAUGUUAAUAAUAAAACAUUUAAAAAACGCGUGACACCGAGCGUCAAACUUAAAAAAAAGAAAAAGGAAAGUCCAACACAGAUUCCUCAUCGAGCUGCAACGAUUCGCGAGCCACGUUUCGUCCUUGUCGCGAUUAAAGGCGGUGAGGAUUGAUCGCGAUGUCGAUCGAAAGGAAAAGAGACAUAGAACAAAGCGGAAAAGAAAGAUUGGUAUUCAUCGCAUACCGUAUUCGCACGUAUAUACGCACAUUUCGCACGCGCGCCCCUAGGGUCGCGUUAGGUGUAAAAUUCGAUAUAAGAAUUCCUUAGCUCUUAAGCGACGUUACUGAGGGUUAAAGAAAAAGAAAGAAGAGGAAUUAACAUACCCACAUGCAUACACAUACACAUACAUAUACAUCUGCAAUGUGAUAUUCUCGUGUCUUGUCCGAUAAGACAGACGUUCAUUCUAACGAGUAUAGUUGGCGUUUGUCCUUCUUUUCGCGUUUAGUCCUUAAGGUAUAUCUAUAAUAUAUAUUUAAGGGAAACUCUACAUAUAUACGUAAGAGAUAAUCCGGGAGUGUGUGUAUGUGUUCGGAGAUUAUGCGGAUGAAACAAGAGAAAAGAGAAAAAUGCAAAAAAAAAGGGGGGGAAAAGGAACCCGUGUGACAGAGAAAACGACCAAAAAUGUGCGAAACUGAGAGGGUGUACAACGUAACUUCGCGUUUUAGGGUAGAUAAACUAUCGGGGAAAACUAUCGUCACGAGAUCCAAGGGGGGUGCGUCUUCUACUGGACUCCGUCUCCGUUCGUUCUUCCCCUCUCCUUCUCCCAGUUUUCCCAUUCUUCUUUUCACAUUCUCCGGGCAAAAGUACGGGCGAGAGCUUGCGCUCCCGCGUGGACGGUUGUAAAAGUUUUGCUCCCGCGAGCUUCUGUUCCACUCAAAUCUUCGUAGGGGGUGUAGUGAACUUAGCUGUAACGCACUUUAAGUUUAAAGGGCCUUUUUAUUCUACUUACAUAUCUCCGUGACUCGUAAUUUCACGCACGUCCGUGUACUGCUGUAGUGUUCAUGUUUAGCAUACCGCCGCAAGUGAAGUAACUAUUUUCCUGUAUCGAGAUAUAUGUCUACACGAUCGUACGUUGCGACACGCUACGUACGCACGUCGAUACGACGGUGGCCGCGACGCGCGAUCGUACGGAAGAUAAAGUGUGACUGUUGAGGCAAGACCGCAAGUCAGAAUUACUUGCGAUUUUUCAUUCAUCUUCUUCUUCUCCUUGAAACUCCACUCGACAAACGCGCUGAAACGGCGACAGCCGUUUAUCCUUUUCUUUCGCAUUAAUCCUAGGACGAAAUAGUGUCUUAUUCAUGCGCCGGAUAAGUAUGUUAAUUUUAGAUUUUCUCUCUGACUUGGAGCAACGUGCUUCUGACACCGCCGCUAAUUUCGUUUUUUUAUGUUACGCUAUCCAAUAUGUACGAUUUCAUUUACGUUUCUGCAUAGAGUUAGCUGCAUCCUGCUGUGUUUCGAUGUACCUGAAACCGGUGGUAAGGGUUUUUUAUAAAACGUCUCGUAAUUUUUGUAAAACGCAAAACGUACGUUUGUCCGCGUCCAUUUAGCAGGGAUUUUGUGACGCGCUCCGUGCAUCGAUGCGAGAAAUCCCUUUAUGAUAUCGCGCUGUGAAACACUACAGAAUGUCAGUCAUUUAGAUAAUCGGGGACGAUUUCUCCGCUGUAGACCGAAACAGUACUCUUUGCCCGUCCCCAUAACUCUCCUACCUUUACCUCGUUUCGUUUAUAUUAACCGGGUAAUGUCUUCAGCCUAAUUCCAAAAAAAGAAAAACCAGAAAAGAAAGAAAAAGAACUUAAACGCGGCUGUUACUCCCGGGGAUGAAAAAUAGUCUGCAAAAUUCUAAGUGUGUCACAUGCCAUCUUAGUUUGUAAGCGUUCAUACUUAUUUUUUCUGUAUAUUAUAUAUAAAAAAUUAUAAUUGUUCUAACGUAUAGUUCGCAACGCUUUAUUAGCCGUCAGUUUUUCGCCAUCGUAUUGUCUGCCUUGAUUCUUUAGUACAUGUCUCCGUUUCUUCGCACUUAGAUCGCCUAAUUUCUUCUCGUAAUUUGUUCGGAUGAUCUUGGCGAGGAACCGUCACUCGUGUCGGUGUCCUCUCGCGCGAGAAGAACAAUGUUUGUCGUGUGCUAAUUAAUUUCUCUCUUGUUCUAUAGACAUUGAAAUUAAACGCGUUAAGAAAGUACGCAGAGCGUGCUCGCGUUGAUCUUCUAUCCAAGUGAUCUUUCGCGCUUUAUCAAAGGAUAUUGAACGAUACUCGUUUCGCACUGUUUCGAACGAGAGAACCGUAAAGAUCAUAAAGAGACCCAAGAUUCAAACGAUACGUAUUAAAGUGCGACGUGAUAUUAAAUUAACUAUCAACUGAAGAUUAAAUUAAUUAUCGAUUAAGAUCGCGGUAGAUUUGUAAUAAUUAAUAUAAAUUUUAACAGUAAUUGGAAAAUAUGUGUAUUUAUUUGAGGGCAUUCGAAGGAAUUUUUAUAGGAAUACUCUUUUGACAAAGUGUUACUUUUACCUCGCGAUUUUAAAUUAUUUCCAAGAUUUCUCCUUGGAUUCGUGUAAUCGACUGAGAUUACGACCAAGACACUUGUUUCGAUAUUAAGCUAUAAGGAAAGACGAAAUUUUAUUUUUUCACGGAUCUCGGCGUCUUUAAAUUAUUUUUAAGGCUUCCGUUUGCACAGAUGCGAGCUCUUCAAAUAAAUCGAAUUGAAAUUAAUAAGAUAGUAAGAUACUUGUUUCGAUAUUAAGCUUAUAAAUUCACUGUGUGAUCUUGUUCUGGUUUUUUAUUGACGAUUUGCGCUCAAACGUUUAUUUUUAUAAAUGACUUAGAAAAUGUCUGAUACACUUUGCUUUUAUAAAUUAUAUAAGGAAAUUGUAUGUUAAAUAAUCGUACGGUGAAAGCCAUCCAUAUCCUCUCUAUCGACCUAAGAAACAAUAUCUAUCUAAACAUUUAAAGAUUCUCAAGAAUAUAAUUCUUUUCUAUAGUCCUGUAAUAAUCUUAAUUAAUUGUACAUUCUUUAAUUGUCGCGAGUCUGAAUAAGCUCUAUUUUUAUUUCAAGCUCAAUAUAUAGACUUUGUUUUUUCAAUGCAACAAAAAAUUUUAAUAACCGUAAGACGAUUAUUCAUUUUCCGUCGCGCGCGAAUUGCAUUUUAUUUUACUGCGUUAUUUAUACCUUUGAUUUACCCAAGAUUUAAUCUCGUAACUUCGCGGACGGAAUGGAUAACGUUUUAACGUGACACAUCAAGUAAAAUGUAAAUCACAAUAAGAUCAAACGCUUGCAAGUGCGAUAACGCGCUUCAUGUUGAGAAUUUUUUGUACAUAUACGUUUUCGCUAUUUACUUAUUUAUUCGGUUACAUCGGUAGGGAUAAAGUCAAUCUAUAUUUUGUAAUAUCGGUAACAGUGCUAAUCGCAUCAAUUCUAGUUAUUUUUCACUUAGUAGUAGUUAUUGCGCUGUCCUCGAUAGUUAUACUUUGUGUUCCGUAAUAACAAUCUCGAUGCAAUCUAUAAGUGCCCGUAAGCAUUAUCAAGGCGGUCUCAUUGUGUGUAUCUACUAAAAAGCUUCUUAAAUCUAUUAGGAUAAUCUCGGGAGCUCGUUCAAAAUGUCUAUUGAUUAUCAGAAAUAAAAGUAUAAUAAUUAAUAAUAAUAAUAAUAUAAAAUAAUACACCCUAAUACUAAUAAUAAUAAUAAUAAUAAUAAUAAUGUUAGCAAUAAUGGCUGUCUAAUUUAGCACUUUGUGUAACCUAAUGGCUGUCUAUGUAAUUUAACGUAAACUUCUAAAGGUAAUUACUUUCCGAAAACUGACACAAUCCGCUUCGGAGGCAAUAUCGCGCGCGACUGAUUGAAUUUAUUAACGCGAACACGCCCGAUCGACGCCAAUUAAUUAAACCGAAGUCUUGCCAAUCUGCGCGUUCUGGAUCUCGAAGAAAGGAGGAAUUACGAUCUAAUACCGUUACCGACAAUAAUGACCCGGAAGUGAUAUUCGCGUGCUGCAAUUUACAUACGAGAUGUAAAUCUCGGAUAAGCGACUAAUACGAUGCUUCGUAAUAUCGCGUGAUAAUUUUGUCGGCCACAAUCGAUAAAGAUAGAUUAUCGUCGACGACGAAAUUAUUGUGCAAUAACAUCGAUUGACGUUUGUAACUGUCUGUACAUCUCUCUUCUAUGCAUAAAUGGCUCGAUAUUAACAAUUUUUCUUCCGUUCUUUCGUUCGCAUAUCGCUUCGUAUAAUAUUUGAUCAUUAUUGUCACUAUUGUCAAUUGCAACGUCGUGUCCCCUUCCUUUCGGGUUGUCGGGUGAUACCUUAAGUUUACGUUUAGGUAACAUUUCUGUCGUAUAUCAGGAUCGCGUAAUUUCAGGUUUAAUUCAUUGUAUGGCUUAAAGGGGUAACACUUACGGUAUUGUGAUAUCUGUCUUUUCCAAUAUUUAUCUUUAAAAAAGAAAAAAAAUUGUGCCACUAUAAAGGAAUGCAUUUUUCAAGCCGUGGAGGAGAUAAAAGAAAAACACAAGGAGAUAGCGAAUAGAAAUAAGGAAAUAGAAUUAAGACGUGCGCGUACACUUUUCUGUAAAGUAAUUUCAAGGCGCGCACCGGGUUGAAUAUAUUGAUAUAAGGUAUUCGUGUUGCUUUCCCCCCGUAAAUUCUCGUCUUCGCGAUAUCCCGCAAUCUCAUAGGCUAUCAUUAAAGUCUCUCAUCGCGGAAUUGAAACUGCUACUGGUAUCGUCGCUCUAUUAUUAUUAACACCACGACGCGCUGUUACUAUCGCUGAUAUUAUCGGUAUUAUUCUCUCGCUGCUGUGUUACUACUGUGUCACCGUUACUAUUUAUUGCUACCGUUACUAUUACUAUUACUAUUGCUACUCUUACUAUUAUCGUAAUGGUUAUUACUGCUAAACUGCUGCUGCUACUACUGCUGUUGCUCCUAUAUAUCAUUUACUAAUUAUCGCCGCUAUACUUACCGUGCGUUUUUUGUCUCCAAUAUGCAAACACUAUAUUUUCACGUUUCUACCACUUGGAAUGGCGCUAUUCGAACUCUCGUAAUUGUUAAGUACAAAAGUCAAGUCUAGUUUAGGGUAAAACAAAUUAACGAGAGUGUCUUCAUUAUUCUCACAGGUCGGAACAACGCUUUGUCUACCUCCGGAGCGCUGUAAUAAAGCCGCAAUUUCGCUUAUUUUCUUACGGGACGGGAUCAGCUUUUUCGAAGUAGCGUUUUAUAUGCUUCACGCGCCGUGCUUACGCCCGGCAGUUUCUAUAUUCUUAUUUGUCUAUAUCCGAGUUUUAUAUCCCCGAUUUGUAAGAUCGGUCUUAAGUUUGUCGAUAGAACACAAAUCUCGUGCGGGACUUCACUGUAUUACUUUCACCGAGGGCAAGCAAAUUGUUUAGGGUAAUGCGAGACCACCGGGAGUUCAGGGGUAGGCACACCCCAACGCGAUCAACCCUCCGCGAUCUGAUGUGUAUUGUUGACGUGACGCUACUUUCUUAUGACGUAAACCAUUAAGCGAUGAUAGUAGACGUUGCUGCGAGGGAAAACGUAAAUUCCACAAUAUUUACGAGCUCAUCAUCCGUAAUGUGAGAACGUGGGAGGCUCAUCAUGCUCCCGGUAGAAAAGAAAAUUGCCUGGAUUGCCAGACGGUCAAUUUCGCGACCGAGAACGUCUCCGCGACGUCCGCAGCAUAGCGCAAUGCAACGAAACGCGGCUGCGUCUUGAAGGACUUUACUUGGGACUUUCGCUCGUUCUUCUAGAUCACUUCAUAUUAUCUUCCCUCGUGCGUUAGCUUGGAAAGUCUAUCUUGGAAAGUUUAUAAUAUCCGCCAAGUGCCACCUGGCUAAACGACAUUGUGUUUCCCGGGCACGUUUUGCACGCCGGAGAGUUUAGUGAAUAAAUUCGCAAAACUUUACGGGAAUGUAGAGGAAUGGGGAGAUCGUGAGAGGAGAAGGUUUUUGAGAAAUCGAAGGGAUACGUUUGAGACCGGAAACUGAUCACGCUCGUGCCGAUUCUGUCAUGCGAUCGCAAACGCGGAUACACACCUAGUCAUCGACUUUUGCGAGUGCCGUUCGCAGCUUUUUGCAGAGCUUUCGUCCGCCGAUAGCCUGUCGCUCUUUCUCUCGUCGCUGGUCUGUACAAAUUUCGCCCAGCGAUUCUCUCUGUGUUCUCGCGACCUCGAGACGAGAGUUUUGAAAGGGAUAUCGGAGUGUGUAUCGCGAUGGAAAUGAACGCAGUGAUAUCUCGCCAGAUAUCGCGCCCUGGUAUAGUUGUCUCUGUGUGAAAGAACAAGGGGAGUCUCUUCUUUCCGGUCAUCGCGUUAUUAUUCCUCGCCGUUAAUUAAUCUUUAAUCGACGCAGCGAAAAAAAUUCAUUCAUACGUUCGAAUAAUGUGGGACAUAAAAUUUCGCGCAAGCGGAAGAAAUUGGACGAAAAGUAUAUUUCAGCAACAUGAUAAAUUUUUCAACAGACUACAAAUAGGAUGUUACAAAUUAAUUAAGGAUCAAUUGAAUGUGACGAUAAGUUGAAUCCGCGAUAGAGUCUUGAUUCCUAGUGAUUAUAUGUAUAUAUGAAGCUCUAUCUUGGGUCUGUAGUCCCACACUUCCUUGUGAUUCGCACGGUGGUGACGGAAUCGAUUAAGCAGCAUUGUCUUGUAUAAUGAUUACAAUAAAUGUGCAAUAUAUACACAUAAUAGGCAUGGAUUUAUAGUGGUAUUUCUGUAUUCUGUACCUCUAGGAUUUAUCUACGACUAGAUUGUUAGCUUUGCUACGUUCGUGCGUUUGGCAGUAUUUUUCGACGGAGUCUGUGCCGAGAAGGAAGAAAACAAAAAUGCCCGGAUUUUCGGAAUGCUAUUUUGAAAAUUUGGCAAGUUUAGAGGGAUGCGGUCAACAAUCCUCUGUUCUUAAAACCAAAUUUGACAGAAGUGUAAGAGAAUUUGAUUAUCGAAUAAAUGGGAUCACACCGUUGAAAAUUUUUCUCUCGAAAGGUAUGAUUUCGACGUAUGAUUAUGGACGUACCACUGUACUUAUUCAUCACGAUAUACUUGUCCGAUGCUAGCUGACAGCCGCGGGAUUGUAAAUCGUAUCGCGUUCUUUCGACCUGUGACCCGAAAGGAUCUGUCGACUUUUUAACUCGCUCGAUAUUAGUCAUUAUUCUUCGAAGGAUUAAAACCGAGUCCUCUUUCCGAGGGACGAAGGAAAAUCGAAAAAGCGAAUGCGCUAACGAUCGAAUUGAAUGGCUGAUGACUUCGUAAGAUCGAUCGCGAGCGCACUUACGAGGGAUCAAUAAAGUAACUUUGUCGAUAUCAAUUCGCACAUAUUUUUCGAUCGUAUUCUAAUCUCUAGACGAAAGUUCGAAAAACGAAAUAUCGAUCUACCUAGGUUCUUCUUCUAAAGAAAAUGAGAGGGGGGAAAAAAUAGAGAAAAAAAAGACGUUCUUCUAAAAACGAUGCGAUGUAACUUUCGUGUACUUUGAACAUUGCGUGAGGAAAAAAAAGGUGAGAAACUGGAAAGUGCUUUGUGAUAACAUAUUACAGUCGAUCUUGACUCUACUUACUGAUUAAGUUUGCGUAAAUCUCAUUCGUCUUACGAAACGUUAUCGACGAUCGACUCAGUCUCGACGUGUUAAAUGUAGAGAUUAUGGUGAACGUGUGAAGUGUUCUCGUUCGUUUGGAGCGACGUCGAUAUUUCGAGAAUGAUUACGAAUUAUUCAAGUUAUGACUUACUUGAAGGGGACGUUCGUUAUCGAGGAAUUCUCUGAUACCUGAGAGAAAAUAAUAUCGUCAGGAGCAUUUCUCUCCCAUUCGAGAUAAACAUUUCUUACGCGCGUCGAGUAAAAUCCGCACGGCACGAUUGUUACAAUGGUAUUAUAAUGGUAUUAUACAAAAUGGUAUAAUGAUGAUAUUUGGUAAAAGACUAGCUCUCUCGAAUCUUUUUUUAAAUCUUUUUACACCCUUCGAUAGUCGUUCGACCUGUACGGGUCGUCGUUUAUCGAUAGGAUGAUCAGAUGAUUAAUAAUCGAGAUGUUUUUUGAAAAAAAAAAGUCUACGUACUAGUCAAUUUUUUGAAAGAUUAAAUAUUUCAGUCAGACAGAAAUUACCAAUAGUCAAGAAUUUUUUGUAUUUUUUUUAUUUUGUACAUAUAAAAUUUUAAUACAUGUAUUAAAUACCGCUUGAACAAAGACUAUGAGGAAGAUAAAAAUAGCAAAUUUAUAAAAAUGUAAAUACUAAUAAAAUUGAUAAUAAUUAAACAAAUUGCAGCCUUUUAAAAACAGCAUUAAAUAGCAAAUAUUUUAUCGGGAUAGAACCAACUUGUUCGGUUCAGGAUAAAAAAAAGAAUCGCUCAUCGUCGAAAACGCGAUGCAACGCAAAUUGCACCAUGCACCCAUGGGGUGCGUCGGGGCGUACAGGUCAUAUUGCCGGGAAAAAAGAUCCGAUGCUGUUUGCCGAUCGAGUCUUAGAAAUACGAGCGUUCUAUCCUUACGUAGAUUCCGAGCGUCUGUACAUGACAUCGUGAACGAAAGAGUUAUUACGGCGAAAAAUUAGUUCUCCCGCUAUAUUUUGAGCAGCUUUUGACUCGAAUUCACGAAGCGCGCCCCGCACGUGAAUGACGAUGAAAGCUCUCUCUCGCUCUCGACGAACACGUCGCCCUGAAUUUCCCCGGUCGACUGAGCCCCCUCGAGUGUACAGGGUCAACAAAGGUUAACCGUAGACUAGUCGCGGAAAAUAACGCGACCGAGUCAAACGCGCCACAAAAGCAGCACGAGCAAACAGAGCUGCGAUUGCAAUUUGAGGAAGGCAAAAGGUCGAAUUUCGCUCGGGACAAAUGCGAUGGAGAUGAGACUCGCAUUUUUUUUUCUCGCAUCGCGUUAGUACGAAAUUUUCUUGCAAGCGAUGCAGAUCCGGAUGGUCAAUGAACAGCGCGAAUUAAUUUAAUUCCGUACUCCAGCAACCGUUAAUCGCAUCGCGAAGACUUUACGGUGAACAUUAAUGGACGGAAAGCACUCGACUGCGAGGGCACGUAGCACGUAGGAAAGUACGAGAAAAAGAAAGAAAAACCAAAAAAAAAAAGAACAUAACGAAGAACAAAAAGGAAUUUGCGGAGCUUGAGAACGAACGAGCGGACGCAUUCAAUCCGUGACUUUUUUUAAGGCGUAAAAGCUAUUUAAGUAACAAUAAGGCUAACACUUAGGCGCUAAGUUACUAAUCUCGUAAUAACUAAACUAAAGUGGCGAGUAUUUUUAAUAAUAACUGUAACUCUUCUAAACGAGAAACACCUAACGAACAUAAUCAAACGUCCUUUAUGUGUAAGUUAUGAAUACUUUGCCUUAAUAUUUUUAUCCGUGUGAGAAGAAUAGAGUGGAAGAAGCGAGUGGAAGAGAGAAAGGUAGAGCAAGAGAGAGAGAAAGAGAGAGAGAGAGAGAGUGAGAGAGUGAGAGAGAAGAGAAAUCGAGAUGUUGCGAAAAGAAAGUCCACUUGCAUUUGCUGACCACAUGAUUGCAUUCACAGAGGAGAAACAAAGUCCUUAGGGAAUAGCGGGAAUUAAUUGUGGCCCCCUUCUCUUUUCGAGUUUUCCUUCCAUAUCCUUUUUCCCGUUUGACAAUGCAAACCAGACAAAAAGAUAAGCGCACACACGCAGAAACACACACGUAUGCGUGCAUACAUAUUACACGUAAUGCAAUCGUGAGAUUUCGCGCAGCAAACUCGUCCCUCGCGCGAUCUUUCAAAUAGGAUAUUAGAUCGACGAAGUGGCCUUAAGACCCCGAACAUGAUGAUAUCCCUCCUCCCCCCCCCGCCCCCUCUCCUCCCUCCUGUCAUGUAACUCUUCUUCUUGGUGAAAUUCCAUUUAGUGUUCUCCAUCGUCGGGCGUACCGUAAAGUGCCUCGAUGAUGCUGAUCUCGUCGUUUUUUUAAUCCGUUUCUAGAUAGUGCCUCCUGCUUUCUCGAUACUGUCGCUUUUCGUAUCGUUCGAAUGCUUUCUUCACCCCUCUCGUGGGAUAGGCUCACGAGAUGAAUUUCGCGUUAACCGCGAGGAGACGCGUUCUCUUCUUAUGUAACAGGUGCAGAACAGGUUGGCAAUUGUGAUAUCGCUUUGUAUCGAUUAAGUAACGUUUUCUUUUUCAACCCUUUGCACUCGAGAAGUCAGUCGGGCGUCGAAGCUCUCAUGGCUUUGUACAAGUACAGUUGCGAAAGAUAAAAUGCAAUAUGUGAUCGAACGGUCCCGCGCCAAGACGAAGAAUACAAAAAAUGCGGACAAGAAUUAUCAAAAUGCUCAAAGGAUAUACGCUUUUUUUCAACUAAUUCCGACACUCUCUGUAAAAACGAAUAUCCUCUCGCGGCGCAAAGCGGGAUGUACGACGGGAAUAUGAUGAUCGCUAAGCCGCUACGGGUAGUAACGAAUCGAUUGACGAGUGAGCGCUUGAGUACUAGGCUCGGCUAUAUCAUCCUUUCACGACUGAAAUUUUACUUUCUCGAGUAAAACCGCGUAGUUUCAGGUUCGCCGCGCGCGCACGCGCGCGCGCGCUGAAUAUAAGCUCGCGACAUAAACGUAAAAUUAUAUACACGCAGUAAGUUCGAGGGGCAUAUUGUCGCAGCGCGUAUGCAUACGCGCGUCAUCAAACUAAAGCUUUCUCACUUAAUAAAUAGCGAAGCUAAGUACUAUCGUAGGUGGCAGACCUUCGUUUCUCGUAUUACGUUUUUCUCGCUGUCGUGUAAUCGAUGUAAGGUAUUAACAUUAAUCUCGCACGCGCGUUCGCGGCGCGCUUGUCUUCUUCAGACCAGCGCCUUUCACCGCGACGUGAGAACAAGUCUC